CGAUUUGCCGCCCUGUCCGGAAACACGCGUCCCCCCGACUCGAAGAGCGGGCAAGUCAAGUUGCUGGCGAUGCUGCUGCCU